CGAAUCCGUCUGUGGCUGACUUCACGCUGGUGUAAAUCUUCUGGGCCCGGAUUUUUCGUGUGUGGAAACGUGGAAAUUUCUGUCGCGAUGCAAGUACCUGCAGUUUUUAUGGAUUUACCCCCUGAGGAUCAGGCCCAGGAAUUGAGGAUUUACUUUAAGAGCUUGGGAGCUGAAAUAAGUGACGAAAAAUCACCCCGUGGAAUCGAGGAUGACCUGCACAAAAUCAUAGGCGUCUGUGAUGCCUGUUUCAAAGAAGGAAAUGAGAUUGAAAUCGAAAAUAUUCUUAAUGACAUCGUGUCGAUCCUCAUCCACAUUCCUGUUGAGAGAGCUGAAAACUUGAUUCUGGCAUUCUGCGAGAAACUGAAGAAAGCUCCUGGACAAAAACUAGGUCUUGUCUGUCUCAAAGCCCUUUGGCUUCUCUUCCAAUCUCUCGAGGAAAAAUCACCCAUGAGAUAUCACGUUUACUACAAUCUUGUUCAAGUUGCCAGGAAUGUUGAUCAAGUGAAAGCUGUUUACGGUGGAGUUGAGCAGUUGAAAGACCAAUUUAAGGCUUUUCCACCAAAUAAUGAACAAAUGCAGAAACUUUUACGUUUGCUGCAUGAAAUUUUACUGAGUUGCAAGCAAGGAGAUCAGGCAGCAGCAGUGAUGGUCGAACUCUUGGGUACGUACACCGCUGAGACAGCAUCUGAAGCACGCGAAGACGCGAUGCAUUGCAUUCAAGCAGCUCUAGCUGAUCCAAAUACUUUCCUCUUGGAUCCACUUCUUGCUCUUAAGCCAGUUAGAUUUCUCGAAGGGGAGCUCAUCCAUGAUCUACUGCUCAUCUUCGUUCAAGAAAAAUUGCCAUCUUAUAUCCAGUUUUACAGUAAUCAUAAGGAGUUCGUGGAACACACUGUCGGUCUGAACCACGACCAGAACAUGAAAAAGAUGAGGCUGCUGACGUUCAUGCAGCUGGCGGAGACAAAUCCCGAAAUGUCCUUUGACACAAUUCAGAGCGAGCUGCAGCUUGAGGAGGACAACGUCGAGAGCUUCAUAAUCGAUGUCCUCAAGACUAAACUCGUUCGUGCACGUAUGGAUCAGGCAGGUCGCAAAGUCCUCAUUUCCUCGACGAUGCACCGAACAUUUGGAAAACCCCAGUGGGUGCAAUUGAGGGAUCUCCUCGUAGCCUGGAAGACGAACUUGUCAUCAGUUCAAGACGGAAUGAAGUCAGUGGCAUCGGCGCAAAUGGAAUUGGCCGCGAAAACGAAAGCCCCAUUAGCUCACUGUUAAUAUUUCGAAUUUGCCAGCCAUUUUUAAAGCUGAAGGAAGCAGUUGUGACAUUCCAAUGUUCAAUGUCACCGGACUUAUUUAAUAAUCAUUAAACAAAAUUAAGCAUCAUCCGCACAGUCCGAUCGAUCGGUAUAAUCGAAAUGAAUAAUUAGAAAUUGAUAGGAAAUCAAUUGUUUGUACGAACCCUCGUCGAUUUCAGUGAAAAAAAUAAUAAAGUCAACUGAUAAGCUGUGAAUUGUAAAACAAAACGUGAAAAUAAAGUAUUCAGCAUUUGAUAACAGAAAA